AUGAUAUUAAAAUUCUACUUUUCUAACAUCAUUUAAUAAGAAAUCACAACACUUAAAUCUGGUAUAUCAUUAUACACAAAAUGUACAAACCAACCUUAUGGAAGUUAUUGUAUAAUGUUUAGAGGAGGUAUUCGAACAGAAAAUCAUCUAUAAUAAGGUUCAUUAUUAUCCUUAAAAAUUAUGUAAGAUUUGUAUAUAAAGUAAAAAGUUUUUUUUUUAAUUUAGCAAAUUCCUAUUUGAAUCUGAAUCUAUAGCUAAUUUUAUUAUAGGUCCAGAAUUUCAUAAUAUAAAUUGUCUAUUCUUGGAUGAAGAUUGUAAUAAUGCUGCAGAAUAUAUAUGCAAUGUAGCAUUUCAAAAAUAAAAAAUGCCAUUCUAAUUCUCAGAAAUUUCAAAUUUAUUAAAUGUCUAAUAGUAAAAACUUCAUGGCUCAAUAUCAUCAAUUUUGUUGAAAGUCUGUUUUCCAUAACUAAAAUUAUUAAAUGUUAUUCCAGAAAAUAAAGCUUUUGAAACCUUUUAAACUACUCAAAUUACAAAAACUAAUUGUCUUAUUGGUUAUUAAGGGAGAAGAAAACAUGAAGAAAUAGUUUAUAUUUUUGAAUAAUUGACUCAUAAAUAUAAAGAAUGUAUUUUAAUUUUAAAAUAUUUAGUCUUAUAAAGAGUUUUUAAUCCAUUCUAUUAAUUAGAAUAAUUUAAAAGUUAAACUAUCAGAAUUGAAAAUCAAAUUACAAGUGAUUUUGAAGUGAUUCUUCUUUUUUAAGGUCCUACUUUAUAAGAUGAAGCAAACUUACAAAUUGAUAAUGUUAUUUGUGAGAUUUUAGGAAAUUUAGGUCUUUUUAUUAUAUAAUCUAUUUAGAUGAAUAAGGUGGUGAAAUUGGAUUCAAAGUUAAAUCAAGAUGUUAUGAUUAAUGUAAUAGAAUCUUAUAUUUUAGUAUUACAAUUUAACAAUUUCCUCUCAAAUGCUGGUUGUAUAUCUUAUGGUUUUAGUGAUUCUGGGUUAUUUGGUCUUUAUUUAAAAGGAAUAAAUACACAUGUACAAAUAAUAUUUUAACAAAUAGAAAUAAGAGAUUUACAAUUUAGCUAUUGAAGAAAUAAAAAAAUUAAGAAUUAUAAGUGAUAAUGAAAUAAUGAGAGCAAAGAAUAUUGUUAUAACUAAAUUUUAUUCAAAUUUAUAAAGAUAACAUGAUUAACUUUUAUAUGAUUUAGAGAAUGUAUAAAACAAUGUUUAUUUAGAUCAUAUUAAAAGGAAAAUUGAAUAAAUUGGAGGAAUUCAAAGAUUAAAUAAAUAGAAUUACUAGAAAAGAUAUUGAAAAUAGAAUAGAGUAAUUAAUUUGUCCGAAGCAAUUAAUAAUUAUUUAUGUAGGAAAAGGUUCUAAUUUAAUGCCUGAUGAAAAAUUAACUAUGAUGAGAAUGCAAUGCUGA